AUGUCAUCCACCUGGAACGAGACAACCUCGAAUCACUGGCAAGGAGCAGGAGCGGCGGAGUUUGAUCUUAGAAGUGACACAAUCACCAAGCCGACAUUGCCCAUGCUGAACGCGAUUGCCCAAUCAACGCUAUCCGACGAUGUUUUCCGCGAAGACAGCACCACAAAUUCCCUUCAACAGUAUAUCGCCGGGCGCACAGGCCAUGAAAGUGCGCUAUUGGUGAUGUCGGGGACCAUGGGCAACCAAGUGGCUAUUCGAAGCCACUUGACCGAAGCCCCAUAUUCGGUUCUUUGCGAUGAUCGAGCGCAUAUCCUUCGAUCUGAAGCGGGGGGAGUCAGUGCCUGGACGGGGGCAACCGUCUAUGGGAUUAAACCCGGGAAUGGCAUGUACAUUACCCUGGAAGAGAUCCAGGGCCAUGCUAUCUUGGGAGAUAAUAUUCAUCGCUGUCCGACUAGGCUAAUCAGUUUGGAGAACACCAUUCACGGCCUUGUCAUGCCCUUAAAGGAGACUCGGCGGAUCGUCGAAUGGGCCCAUUCUCAUGGUAUGAAAGUCCACCUUGACGGGGCAAGGCUCUGGGAUGUGGUUGUAUCGGGAGCUGGGACACUGUCCGAGUAUACCAGCCUUUUUGACAGCGUGAGUCUUUGUUUCUCAAAAGGCUUAGGUGCGCCGAUCGGCAGCAUCCUCGUGGGACCAACCCGCUUUAUUGACAAGGCGCGAUGGUUCCGUAAAUCAAUUGGCGGGGGAAUCCGUCAGGCAGGGAUUAUCUCGGCAGCAGCCAGAGUUGCCGUAGAGGAAGUUUUCGGACCAGAGCCCCAUGGUGGCGGCAAGUUGAGGGAUGUCCAUGCCAAGGCUCAGAAGAUAGCAGAUAUGUGGACUAAUAGGGGCGGCAAAUUGCUGUAUCCAGUUCACACCAAUAUGGUGUGGGUUGAUAUCAAAGCGGCAGGACUCCAGCCGACGGAUUUGGCUGAUAUCGGCAGGCAGAAAGGCCUGAGGUUGUCUGAAACGAGGAUAGUGGUGCACUAUCAGAUAUCUGACGAGACGCUGCGUCGGCUCGGCGAAGUCUUUGAUCUCGCGCUCAACCGCAAGCCCUCCAAACUAUAA